AUGUCGGCCGCCACCAAACAAGAUAACAAGCAAGAUGAUGCUACCGACCUUAGCCGGGAGUAUGAUACCCCUCUAGGCCUCGCUCACACAACAAUGCAAGCUCUCAAAGAUCGCAUCAAGCUCCACUACGACCUAGCUAGUGACUAUUACCUCAGCCUGUGGGGACAACAUGUGCACCAUGGAUACUGGCCUACCGACGAGUCCAAGGCAAAGGAUACCAAGGAGGUUGCACAGACCAACCUCAUCGACCUGCUGCUUGAAAUUUCCAAGAUUCCUGAGGGCGGCAGUGUUCUCGAUGUGGGAUGCGGUUUGGGCGGAACCACAAGACACCUGGCCUCGAAGCUCGGCUGCUCCGUGACUGGCAUCACCAUCUCUGGCAAACAGGUCGAAAUAGCCAAGCGGCUAACAAAGACCGAAGCCGAGGCCGAGGCUACCAAGCUCGGCAAGGAUGCAACAGCAGCCAAAGCAGAGGCCGAAGAGGACGCCGAGGGCUUCAUGAAGGUCGGCAAGGGAAAGGUCAGGUUCAUUGAGCUCGACGCCGAGACUAUGGGCGAGUACUUUUCUGACAAGGAAGCGUUCGACGCCGUAUGGAUCUGCGAGGCCCUGAGCCAUUUCCCGAACAAGGAGCUUUUCUUCCAGAACGUCCAUGCCGUGCUGAAGCCGGGUGGCUGCCUGACCCUGGCCGAUUGGUUCAAGGCCGAGGGCUUGACCCAGGAGCAGUUCGACAACGACAUCAAGCCGAUAGAGGAUGGAAUGUUGACACCCCCGCUCAACACGCAAGCCGGAUAUGUCGACAAGGCCAAAGCCGCAGGUCUCAAGGUGUUGACAGAGCCAAAGGAUAUCAGCCAAGACGUCAAACAGACUUGGGAUAUUACAUGGUCGCUCAUCCAGAAGCCUUCUCUGUGGGCAUUUGCUCUCAGUCAAGGACGGGACGGAAUUGCAUUCCUGCAAUCAUUCAGAGCGAUGCGACGAGGCUACGCAAACAACAACUUCCGAUAUGCGGUCAUGUCUUUUGAGAAAUAG